UGAGGGCGCCAUUCAUUUUGGCAGUAUAUUGAUAAGCGUGUUGGCAUGCCACUUGUAAACAAAGCUUCGGAACUGCGGAAGUGAUGUGACCACGGGUGUGACGCGACGGGAAUUUUGAAAGUAUUAAUUUAAAGGAAUUUAAGGCGUGGAUGCUAACUGCUCGGCUUUUCAUUGGAGAGAUAUAAUUUGAGGUUGAAUUGAAGUUAACACAAGAUGCCGCGCACGUGUGCUUCUAUUUACGAUGUGAAUGGUGUGAUGUGCGAUCGCAAAAUCCUGACCAUCUCCACCCUGAUUGGCCAGCGUUAUCCAGAGCUCGGCCUCAAGCUGGGACUGACAGAGGCCCAGCUGGCACAGAUCAAGGCCAGCGAACCUGCGGAUCUCCAACACCAGGUGUUCCACACCUUGGACCUGUGGAGACGGCAGGAGGGGAAGGGAGCAACACUGGAGAAGUUGAACGAUGCCCUGAAGGAACUGGGAUGGAUCUCGGUGCUGACUCAGAUCAGGAACACUCCAGACAACUUCUAUGUUGUCGUAUAAACUGUUUUGCAUAGUCCCUGUACCAUCCUGACCCACCCUGCCUGAUGUUCCCCUUAGUCCCUGUACCGUCCAAUGCCCCAGGAGCACUUGUAUGGAUUCAUCAGGGAGUAAAUAUAAUGUAACACAAUGUAGUGCAGGUCAUAAAUAGUUUGCCAGAUCAGUUAAAACACCAUCCAAAAUCAAAACACAAAACCCCAGCCCCACCCAACUCCACCCAACCCAAACCAACCUAACCCAACCCAGCCCAACACAACCCAACCAGACCCAACCCUUUACAACCCAAGCCAAAACAACCCAACCGAACCAAACCAAACGCCAACCAACCCAAACAAUCCAACCCAAUUCAAGGGCGGAUCCAGAGCACAAUUUUGGGGAGCCAAAAAAAUUUGGUCCCCCAAAAAAGUGGGUAAAAAAAUUACGGCGUGGGGUUCAGGGCCCGCUUAAGGGCC